UUUUACAGAAACAGUUGCGGUGAGGAUUAAUGGGUGAAGUUUUGUUUGACCUUGAACAAGUUCUCAGGAGCAAACAGGAGAGGUUGACGCCUGCAGAAGCAAAGGUUCUUCUAACAUACAAGUCUAAGGCUGUUAGGGAGUUUACGGUUGGUGCACUUGUAGGAUCUGGUGUUACGUGGUUAGCAACAUGGAGGCUAAAUAAGUUAUUACGAGUCAACCUUUCAGGAGGAGCUGCUAUUGUCUGUGGAUUUUGGAGAUUUACUAGUUCCCUUGAAUCAUGCGUUGAUAGUAUUCUUGGAGUAGAUGGAAGUCGGCUGCAGAAAGAGUUAGCGAACAUAAUAUUCAACAAAUACCGAGAUGAUCCUUGGAGAAUGCAGCUUAUCUCUAAACAUUUUUAUUCAGAGAAAGUUUAUGAUGAUUCAACCUCAGAUCAGCCAAAAUUAAGAUGGCGCUACAAGAACUAUUUUAAUGAUAAUGUUGCUUAUGGUCAAAGAACACAGGAGAGUGACUCUUAUGGUGACUCCCAUACUGACUGUCACAACAAUUCCCACAAUGAGGCCCACAGUGACUUCCAGAAUGACUCUGGCAGCAAAAAGAAUGAUUUGGAGUCUAACAAAGUUCUUGUGAAACCUGAUGUUGAUGCGGUUAUGGAUCCUCUAGAUUGUGUUUUUGGCAAUGCGGCAACAAUGGAGGAGAUUCAUCACCCUAAUAAAUCAAGCACGCCUACCAGGGUACUCUCACGUAACCAUAAAAGAUCUCACCGGCGUCGUCGAAUGCGCCAUCAUGAAGGUUCCCUGGAACCUCAUUAUGCGUAAACAGACCAAAUUGAUUGUCAUGAACAUCGAGGAGGGGAAACCAGAGAGAAAAAGUUGAAACAUCAACAUCGACAUCAUUGAGUUUGUGAAGGUUACGAUUGCAAAUCUGAAUGUUGAACCUUUGUCAGGUACAUUAUUGUCAAUAAAUUCCUUCCUGUUGGGGUGAGAUUGUCUA